CAUCGAGUUCCCAACAGCCUUGGAACCGUGAUAUCGCCAUGUCGGACGACGAUGAUUUCAUGAUGGACGACGAUGAGACGUACGACUUCGACUACGAAGACGACGACGAUGAACAGGGGGAUCAGGAUGUCGAUAUCGAGAACAUGUACUACAAUGCAAAAGCGAUGAAGGAAGAUGAUCCUGAAGCUGCAAUCGUGGAGUUUCGAAAGGUCGUGGAGAAGGAGAAGGAGGAGGGACAGAAGGGUGAUUGGGGUUUCAAGGCGUUGAAGCAGAUUAUCAAGUUGUCGUUUUUGAGGGGUGAUAAGGAAUCAACGUUUAAGGAUUACAAGGAGUUACUCACCUACACCAAAUCGGCCGUUACACGAAACUACAGUGAAAAGUCUUUGAACAACAUCCUGGAUCGCAUCUCCUCCUCAGCAACCCUCGACACGGAUUUCAUGGAGCGCUUCUACUCCACCACCCUCGAAUCACUACAAGAAGCCAAAAACGACAGACUUUUUCUCAAGACGAACCUCAAGCUCGCGAAGUUGUGGUUGGAUAGAGGCGAAUGGGGUCGUCUCAACAAGAGUUUGAAGGGGUUGCAUGCGGCGUUGGCGAAGGAGGGAGAAGAGGGGUUGGAGAGUGAGAACAAGGGGACGUACUUGUUGGAGGUGUAUGCGUUGGAGAUCCAGAUGUAUACGGCGACGAAGAACAACAAGAAGCUGAAGGACUUGUAUCACCGGACGUUGCAUGUCAAGUCUGCGAUUCCGCAUCCGAGGAUCAUGGGUGUUAUUCGCGAAUGUGGAGGGAAAAUGCACAUGAAUGAGAAACAAUGGCAAGAAGCCCAAACCGAUUUCUUCGAGUCCUUCCGAAAUUACGACGAAGCCGGUUCUCUCCAGCGCAUUCAAGUCCUGAAGUACUUGGUGUUGGCGACGAUGUUGGCACAGUCUGAUAUCAAUCCCUUUGAUUCGCAGGAGACGAAGCCGUACCAGUCGCAUCCGGAGAUUACUGCGAUGACGUCGCUGGUUAAUGCCUACCAGCGUAAUGAGUUGGAAGAGUUCCAACGGAUUCUGAGGCUGAAUAAGACGGCGAUUAUGUCUGACCCGUUUAUUCGGGCUUACAUCGACGACGUACUCCGUAACAUCCGGACCUCGGUUCUCCUCGCACUCAUCAAGCCCUACACCCGCGUCACCCUCUCCUCAAUUGCUACACAUCUUAAGAUCACAGUGGAGGAAGUGGAAGAGCUAUGUGUGGCUUUGAUUCUGGAUGCGAGGAUUAAGGGACGCAUUGAUGGUGUGCAGGGAAUUUUGGAGUUGGAAAGGGAGAAGGCGGUCGAGAGGGAGAGGUACGAGGCGUUGAGGAGGGUUUCUGAAAGCGUUGGAGGGUUAACGAAGACUGCUUUUGAGGGGUUGAAGGUUAUGUAA